GAAAGAAGAGUUUGGCGCCAUGUCUCACACCAUUUUGUUGGUACAGCUUACCAAGAGGCCAGAAGGCAGAACUUAUGCAGACUACGAAUCUGUGAAUGAAUGCAUGGAAGGUGUUUGUAAAAUGUAUGAAGAACAUCUGAAAAGAAUGAAUCCCAACAGUCCCUCUAUCACAUACGACAUCAGUCAGUUGUUUGAUUUUAUUGAUGAUCUGGCAGACCUCAGCUGUCUUGUUUACCGAGCUGAUACCCAGACAUACCAACCUUAUAACAACGAUUGGAAUAAAGAGAAGAUCUACGUGCUUCUUCGUCGACAGGCCCAACAGGCUGGGAAAUAAGCUGGAAGCAUGAGGGGCAUGGGGUUGGGUUCAGAACACAGAUGUGGACAGCCUCCUAUAGUGAAGGUUUUGUAUUACGGUAACCCUGUUUCCAUUGUGGUACAUUCUAACCAAUACAGACUGUGUUAGAGAAAAUGUGAGGAUCUUGUUCAAGCUAAAGUCCUCUUGCCCCUUUCUCCCACUUUUUUUUUUUU